UGAAGAAGUUCAGUGUAUUGACCGAAACACACGUUCCUCUGAAAGGAAGGUGGUCUCUAUGGGCUGCUCACUAUUCCUCAGAGGCACAGGGCAUGUCACCUUCUGAUAAUUUCUCUGCUAAUGAGACUACUGGCAACUUAAAAGUGGAUUGUGAUAUUGAACAAGUAGUGAAGUGUAAUAACAAAGAGAACCUUGAUGAAGUUUCUGCCUUAGCAUCCCAGCAGGUCUGUUUUGAAACUGAUGGUAAAGCUGAGAAAUGCAAAGAUCUGUAUUAUGGAGCAGAUUGGGGUAUAGGAUGGUGGACAGCUGUAGUGAUUAUGUUGGUUAUCGGCAUAGUAACUCCAGUUUUUUGUCUUGUGUAUUAUGAAGUUUUAGUGAAAGUAGAUAUCAGUCACCAUUCUACAAUGGAGUCUUCCCAUGCAGGUAUCACAGCACCAUUGCAUCAGAAACAAAUAGAAAAUGGAAUAAAUUCAGGAAAUAUUAUAAAUGUUAAUCAAGGAUAUAAAUGACAAUCAACGGGAGCUUCAGCAUUAUGACUGAAAGCCCUAUACA